CGAGCGUCAGUGAUCCAAGGACAGAGCGGAGGGGCUCGCGAGCAUCAGGUCACCUGGAAUUUCGCGAGCGUCGCGAGCCCGAACCGAAGCAGAGGAGACACGGACCCGGAGCAACAGCACCGAGCCCGGGCUGGAGAACCGGGCUGUCCGUGACGAUCCGACCCGGACCUCAGCGAUCCCGGUGUCACGGGGCUCCAACGGCUCUCUGUCAUAAACAGCAGCAGCCUCAGACCCACGGACACACCGAACCGGGCCCACGGAAACACGGGAGGAGAAAACAGAAAUCAACAGGAGGCCGAGUAACGGAUCCAGAACCCGCAGGACCGGAUCAUGGAGCUGCGCGGCGUGCUGCUCCUGGCCGUGCUGCAGUGCUGCUCGGUGGCGCUGUGCGGCUGCGAGCCGCGACUGGUGAACGUGGGCGCCGUCCUGAGUCAGAAGCGCUACGAGCAGGUGUUCAAGGAGGCGGUGAGUCAGGCCAAUGCUCUGUACGGGAAGGACAAGUUCAAGAUGAACGCCAUCUCCGUCACGCACAAGGCCAACGCCAUCCAGAUGGCCCUCUCCGUCUGCGAGGACCUCAUCUCCAACCAGGUGUACGCCAUUCUGGUCAGCCAUCCUCCACAGUCCAACGACCACCUGACUCCAACGCCUGUCUCCUACACCGCCGGUUUCUACCGAAUCCCUGUGGUCGGCCUGACGACACGCAUGUCCAUCUACUCUGACAAGAGCAUCCACCUGUCGUUCCUGAGGACGGUGCCUCCAUACUCCCACCAGGCACAGGUGUGGUUCGACCUGAUGAGGGAGUUCAGGUGGAACCACAUCAUCCUGAUCGUGAGUGACGACCACGAGGGCCGAGCCGCCCAGAAGAGACUGGAGACCCUGCUGGAGGAGCGCGAGACCAAGGCUGAGAAGGUGCUGCUGUUCAGCCAGGACACCAACCUUACCGCCCUGCUGCUGGAGGCGAAAGAUCUGGAGGCCCGAGUCAUCAUCCUCUCUGCCAGUGAGGACGAAGCUGCACUCGUGUACAAAGCCGCCCGGCAACUCAACAUGACCGGCUCCGGUUACGUCUGGCUGGUCGGAGAACGGGAGAUGACCGGCAAAGCUCUGAGUGAAGCUCCAGACGGCCUGCUGGGCCUCCAGCUGAUUAACGGUAAGAACGAGUCGGCCCACAUCGCGGACGCCGUGGCCGUGGUGGCGCAGUCUCUGCAGGAGCUGUUUGAGAAGGAGAACAUCACUGAACCUCCACGGGGCUGCGUGGGAAACACCAACAUCUGGAGGACCGGGCCACUCUUUAAACGGGUGCUGAUGUCAUCAAAGUACCCUGACGGCCUGACAGGACGUAUUGAGUUUAACGACGACGGCGACCGGCGCUUCGCCACCUACAGCAUCCUGAACUACCAGCAGAAACCAGGUCGCCUCGUCCAGGUUGGAGUCUUUAACGGAACACAGGUUGUGAUGAACCCUCAGAGGAAAAUCAUUUGGCCUGGAGGAGAGACAGAGAAGCCAGUCGGAUACCAGAUGUCAACCAGACUGAAGAUCGUGACGAUUCAUCAGGAGCCAUUUGUUUACGUGAAGCCAACGAAGAGCGACGGGACGUGUAAAGAGGAGUAUACCGUCAACGGAGUCCUGAUCAAGAAGGUGAUCUGUACUGGGCCCAACGGGACCAUACCAGGUCAGCCCAUCGUCCCUCAGUGUUGCUAUGGUUUCUGCAUCGAUCUGCUCAUCAAGCUGGCCAUGAGUAUGAACUUCACCUAUGAGGUUCACCUGGUGGCUGAUGGGAAGUUUGGCACGCAGGAGCGAGUGAACAACAGCAACAAGAAGGAGUGGAACGGGAUGAUGGGGGAGCUGCUGGGAGGCCUCGCCGACAUGAUCGUCGCCCCACUCACCAUCAACAACGAGCGCGCUCAGUACAUCGAGUUCUCCAAACCCUUCAAAUACCAGGGGCUCACCAUCCUCGUCAAGAAGGAAAUCCCUCGCAGCACUCUGGACUCGUUCAUGCAGCCGUUCCAGAGCACACUGUGGCUGUUAGUUGGUCUGUCGGUCCACGUGGUGGCAGUGAUGCUUUACCUACUAGACCGGUUCAGCCCGUUCGGAAGGUUCAAAGUGAACAGCGAAGAAGAAGAGGAAGACGCCCUCACCCUGUCCUCGGCCAUGUGGUUCUCAUGGGGAGUGCUGCUGAACUCUGGGAUAGGAGAAGGAGCUCCCAGGAGUUUCUCGGCCAGGAUUCUCGGUAUGGUGUGGGCAGGGUUCGCCAUGAUCAUCGUAGCUUCAUAUACUGCCAACCUGGCAGCCUUCCUGGUGCUGGACCGGCCUGAGGAGCGCAUCACUGGCAUCAACGACCCCAGGCUGCGUAACCCGUCAGAUAAGUUCAUCUAUGCCACAGUGAAGCAGAGCUCGGUGGAUAUCUACUUCAGACGGCAGGUGGAGCUGAGCACCAUGUACCGGCACAUGGAGAAGCACAACUACGAGAGCGCCGCCGAGGCCAUCCAAGCUGUGCGAGACAAUAAGCUUCACGCCUUCAUCUGGGACAGCGCCGUGCUGGAGUUCGAGGCGUCGCAGAAGUGCGAUCUGGUGACGACAGGAGAGCUGUUCUUCCGCUCCGGAUUCGGGAUCGGUAUGAGGAAGGACAGCCCGUGGAAACAGAACGUGUCUCUGGCUAUUCUCAGUUCUCACGAGAAUGGCUUCAUGGAGGAUCUCGACAAGACGUGGGUUCGAUACCAGGAGUGCGACUCCAGGAGCAACGCCCCGGCCACCCUCACUUUCGAGAACAUGGCGGGUGUAUUCAUGCUGGUUGCUGGAGGCAUCGUGGCCGGGAUCUUCCUCAUCUUCAUCGAGAUCGCCUACAAACGGCACAAAGACGCCCGCAGGAAACAGAUGCAGCUCGCCUUUGCUGCUGUCAAUGUGUGGAGGAAGAACCUGCAGGAUAGGAAAAGUGGUAGAGCAGAGCCCGAGCCCAAACUGAAAACCUCUUUUAGGUCCAUCACCUCGACCUCCGACCUCAAACGGCGUAGGGCCUCCGGGGACACCACGCCGUACCCAACCGACAUCACCGGCCAGCUCAACCUAUCAGAUCCCUCCGUCAGCACCGUGGUCUGAGAGAGCGAGGGAGAGAGCGAGCGAGCUUCACUGCUGCUGCUGAGCCACACAGAUGCACACUGACCCUCUGGACACACAAACACACACACACACACACACAGAUGGACAGGAAGGACGAUGUAAUGACAGCAGGGCUUUUGGACGGUAUCCCAUAGUGACACACACACACAUUUAUCUUUAUUCCUUAUGGGGACUGAAAAGCUGAUCUGGAACCUUAGUGCUGACACUGAACACUUUAAAGCAUGUCCCCAUAAUGCAGAAAUGUCCCCAUGCUGUAGAAAUGUCCUCAUAAUGCAGAAAUGUCCUUAUUAUACAGAAAUGUCCUCAUAAUGCAGAAAUGUCCUUAUUAUACAGAAAUGUCCUCAUAAUGCAGAAAUGUCCGCACACUGUAGAAAUGUCCCCACAAAAUUUGCCUAAAUCACAGGACCCCACAAAAAUAGCAAUAGAAGCAUUUACAAACAUUAAGCAGCACACACACAUUUUUACAAACACACACGCCAUCUGUCACACCAACUCCCACCACACAAAGCAAACACACACACUGUACAAAGACACACACAGACAC